AUGCAUGAUUUUGUCUCAAAGCAGAUUGCAAGAAAGCAACUCAUAGACUUCCUCCGCGAAAACUUCAUGGUAUCGGCCGGAAAUCAGCACCGAAUUUUUUUCUUGGAAAUUCCGAAAUUUCCAGGAUUUGUACUCAUGACUGCAAUAGCCACGUCAAUCUUUUUCUUCCUUUGUAUCAGCACUCUCAGCGAUACCACUUUUGGCGCAUUCCAAAUAAACAGAUAUUCAUUACCGUUCUCUGCACCAACCGUUGCAAAGACUGCAGCUGUUCAAGCGCCCAUUGCUGGUAAAUCACCGCUUUUUGUCUCAAACCAUGACGAUGCUCCGGGUCGACGAGAGUUCGUCGUCCUCUUCGAUGACAAAGGUCACAGAAGAAACGACUCACUGGCUGGCCGAUCGUUCCGAACUUAUGUGAAGCCGAAACUUCGUGAUUGGUUGAAGAUAGGAUGGCACUGGCACUAG